AUGGGAAGGCAUAUUGAUGCUUUGCUUGGAAGGAACACCUUCAAAACUUCAAAACUGAAACCCGUUGUUAGCCUCGCCAUCUCUCGUCUCGCCAUCUUUAAGAAGCAGCGUCAGGCUCGUAGUAACAUUGCACGGUCUGAUGUUGUUGAGCUCCUCAACCUCGGUCAUCAUGAGCGUGCUUUCCUUAGAGUUGAACAAGUGAUCAAGGAGCAGAACAUGUUGAAAGUGUUUGUUAUGAUAGAAGGCUAUUGUCACAUUCUAAAAGACAGGGUCGGCCUUAUUGGCAAACAAAGGGUAUGUCCUGAUGAGCUGGAAGAGGCGAUAUUGAGCUUAAUAUAUGCUGCUACAAAAUGUGGUGAAUUUCCGGAGCUUCAAAAGAUCCGUGCAAUGCUCACAUCUUGGUUCGGUAAUGAAUUUGCAGCUUGUGCUUUUGAGUUGAGCAAUAGCAGUAAUCUUAAGAUUGUGCAAAUGCUGUCAACUAGACAAGCAAGCUUGGCUGAAAAAUUAAAGGUGCUCAAAGAUAUUGCUUCGGAGAACGGCAUUAGUCUAGAGAACGAGGAAAUAUCAUUUAUAAUGAAGCAGGAGAAAUUGGCUGUGAAGCGAAAGUCAAAUCAAUCUAAGGUAGAGCGACUAGAGAAAUCAGGAAUGUCUAAGAUUAACGAUAUGUCCUUGAUUUUGCCUGAAGAUACUGAAAAAGUGUCAAAUCUGUCUGAUUCAAUGAAUGGAAGGUUGUACAGGGACGUAGCAGACGCAGCACAAGAAGCAUUCAUGUCUGCAGCAUAUGCAGCAGUAGCUGCGAAAGCAGCUGUGGAACUCUUUCGCGCUGAAUCACUUGAUCCUGAGAAUAGAUUUAGUCCAGAUUUUCAGUCGGAACAGGUUUUCAGUGCCCCUGACUCGAUGAAUUCUACCCAACAGAUUAGUUCUGAGUCUUCCUUAGAUUCAGAUAAGAACAUUUCAAAAUAUCCUACAAGUUGUCCUGAUAUAGAUGGUAACAGUCAGACAUAA